AUGGAGCUUACAAUGGAGAACAUCGGAAACCUGCACGGCGUGUCUCACUCCCACCAGAGCGGCGACCUGAUGAACUCCCCGCACGCGCGCCAGUCCUCGGCGUCGCACCGGAACCUGGUGUCGCACGGCCGCUCGGCCAUGGUGUCCAGCAUGGCCUCGAUCCUGGAGGGCGCGGGGGACUACCGCGCGGAGCACGCGCUCUCCGGGCCGCUGCACCCGGCCAUGACCAUGUCGUGCGACUCGGGCAUGAGCCUGAGCAGCACCUACACCACGCUCACGCCGCUGCAGCACCUGCCCCCGAUCUCCACCGUGUCGGAGAAGUUCCACCACCCGCACCCGCACCCGCACCCGCACGCGCACCACCACCCGGCGCACCAGAGGCUGGCGGCGGGCAACGUCAGCGGCAGCUUCACGCUGAUGAGGGACGACCGGAGCCUGGCCUCCAUGAGCAACCUCUACGGCCACUACCCCAAAGACAUGUCCGGCAUGGGCCAGCCGCUGUCCCCGCUGCCCAACGGCCUGGGCUCCCUGCACGGAUCCCAGCAGGGCCUCGGCGCCUACGGCCCCGGGGGCCACCUCUCCAACGACAAGAUGCUCUCGUCGGGCGGGUUCGAGUCCCACGCGGCCAUGCUGUCCCGGGGAGAGGAGCACCUGGCCCGGGGCCUCGGCGGCCACGGGGCCGGGCUCAUGACGUCCCUGAACGGCCUCCACCACCACAGCCACCCGCACUCUCAGGCCAACGGCGCCAUGCUGUCGGAGCGGGACCGGCAGACGGUGGUGGGCGGCGGGCAGGGGUCCGGCUCCGGCCAGGUGGAGGAGAUAAACACCAAAGAGGUGGCGCAGCGCAUCACCGCCGAGCUCAAGCGCUACAGCAUCCCGCAGGCCAUCUUCGCGCAGAGGAUCCUGUGCCGGUCCCAGGGAACCCUGUCCGACCUGCUGCGGAACCCUAAACCGUGGAGUAAGCUCAAGUCCGGCCGCGAGACGUUCCGGAGGAUGUGGAAGUGGCUCCAGGAGCCCGAGUUCCAGCGGAUGUCGGCGCUCAGGCUUGCAGGUGAGUGA